GUGUGUGGUGAAUGGUUGAUUGGUUUAUGGCCUAUCGGCUGAGCUAACUAUAUAAACUACCGGGCAGAAAGCGAGGGCGGUCAGACACGUGACCCGAUGGGUACUAACACCCCCCCUCGCACGAGCUGGGAGCCCCGGAGAAAAGAAGCUCUAAAUACACAGAUAAUCGCAUAUAAAAUCAAGCAGAUGAACAAAAAACAAAUAGCAAACAAAAUAGUCGCCAAUGAUUGGUUCACUGAAUUAGCGUGCCAAGGAAAAAUCGAGGGUACAUAAAGGGCAAUGCCUUCCCAUCCUCAAGUACUUCAAUCCUUCAUCUAUUCUCCAUCCGAAGUAGGAUGUAGAUGAUUG